ACUAUGGCGACAGCAAUGAAAACAAAAUGGCGGAUGAUAAGGUAAGACGGUGGAGAAUUGCUUCAGCAUUUUGAGGAAUGCUGACACGUGUGCAUUGAACGAGCGAUGGAAGAAGGCAAAAGAAAAGAUAAGGUCUCUCAUGAGAGAGGAAAAAUCACUCAAACUUUUGGAGAAAUUACUUUUAAUUCAAACUUUGACUCUGGUAAUCUUGACCGAAUUGAGAUAGUUGUGACUCCGCCCGAUGGCCAUAAGCUCAACGAGUUCAAUUUGUGGACAGCACCAGAUUGUGCUGGUACCAGAUAUGAGAACGGGAACAGAUCCUGGUUCUAUUUCAGUUUAGCUACUGGUCCUAAUUACAAUGGGAAAACAAUCAAAAUGACAAUUAAGAAUCUCAAUAAGCAAUCAAGGCUUUAUCAGCAGGGGCUUACCCCUCUUAUCAAGAUUCUACCUAGCAAAGGAUGGGAGAGAAUGAGAGACAGACCAGAAUGGCAGGUUGUCGACAAUUGCAUGGAGCUGUCAUUCACAUACACUCCACCAGAAGGAAGGAAGAUGACAACUUACUUCUCAUUCUGCUAUCCUUUCUCUUACAUCGACUCACAGAAACACCUCUUCAAAAUAGAGCAGAAAGUAUCACGAAUGCUAAAUGCCUCCUCUCCCCCUCCCUCUCCCCCUCUCUCCCCUUCCUCACUCGGCGAAGAUGCAAUUUAUUAUCAUCGUGACCUCCUUUGCAAGUCGCUUGAUGGACUCCGUGUUGAUCUGCUCACUGUGUCUUCACAUAAAGGCAUCGCUGUGGAAACAGAGCCACGCCUCUUUGGGCUGUUUCCUGAUGAGAGUCUCCCAACUGCUAGACAAUUUAGAAAUAAGAAAAUUGUAAUCAUAACCAGUAGAGUCCAUCCUGGUGAAUCCCCAGCUAGUUAUGUCUUCAACGGGUUCCUGGAUUUUCUCUUACGACAGGACGACCCCCGGGCCCAAGCACUCCUCUCGAAUUUCGUUUUCAAACUGGUUCCAAUGAUCAACCCUGACGGCGUAUCAAGAGGUCAUUAUCGUACUGAUUCACGUGGUGUUAAUCUCAAUCGUGUUUACCUUGAUCCUGAUCCUAAUAUUCAUCCGUCAGUAUAUGCUAUACGCCAGUUGAUCCUAUACUAUAAUAACAAUGGUGGUGGGGGAGGGAGCUGCACUGAGUGUGAAGAGAACACUAGUGAUGGAGAGAAAGUAUCAUCCUCACUCUCUUCAUUAUCCAGCCAAAUCAGUUCCACCAUCCCUUCAUUCACUAGUCAAAGUGUUAGCGAUGAGUCGCAUCCAUCAGAUCAACCACACCCACCAAAUGAGCCAUGCCCACAAGACAAACCACACCCACCCACUAAAGACUCCUCGUCACUCAAGUCAGAGUCCCGUUCCACUCUCACCUCCAAACCUCAGGGAGGAAGUGUUGCUCUUUACGUUGACUUACAUGCCCACGCAACCAAACGAGGCUGCUUCAUGUACGGCAAUCAUUUCAAAGACCCGAGUGACCAGUCGGAGUGCAUGUUGCUUCCAAAACUCGUGUCCCUAAACUCGGCUCAUUUUGAUUUCGAGCACUGCCUGUUCUCCGAGAGGAACAUGUAUGCUGCCGACAGGAGGAACGAAGGAGGUGGGACGACCAAAGAAGGAAGUGGGCGUGUCGCUCUUUAUAAAGCAACCGGCCUAAUACAAUGUUAUACGUUAGAAUGUAAUUACAACAGUGGGCGUAUAGUGAACCAGUUGACUCCUGCUCCUAUGGACACUGGUAGAGCCACUCCUCCCAGUGAAGGAUCACUCAUACCACACAAACUGACAUCAAAGGACUUUGAAGAGGUUGGUAGAGGAUUAGCCAUUGGUCUAUUGGACCUGUACCAGCUCAACCCUUGGAGCAGAAUACCUACCAGUGAACACUCAACACUAGCUGGGAUUAGGAACUACCUUCAUCAAAAGAUACUCAAUGAUAGAAGGAAAGGAGGAGGAGAUACUAGCAGCUUUAAAAGAUACAAUAAUAGAAUUGAUAGGAAUCGUUCGUGUACAAAAAACAAUUCUUCAGAGUCUGUAGCUCCUCCCACUGCCCCUCCCCCUCCCAUCCAGCCCAGUGCUAUACCAGUAAUAACUCUGAUUAACGAAGAGGCAAUAGGGAAUGGGUGUGUCCUUAAUUCCAGUAGCGGCACUAGAGUUGAAAGCUCGAAAUAUUCAGUGAUGAUGUUGAAUCGUCAUUUCACUCUUCCUUCCUCAGCGAAGCUCCAUCACCAUGGCAACAAGGACAGCCCCCUUCUCUCUGCUAGCCUCCCCUCGAGACGUCAGCCUUUCAUUUACCAAAAGCCGAGCACACCCUCCCCCAUUCACCUACCCCUAGUACCCUUCACUCAUAGAGUGAACCCUUACUUUCAUCCACAUGAAGGACUACUAAUGAUAGGGACAUCCCCUCUUAGGACGGGGGAAGAACAGACUCAAAAAAUGACCACUAAAAUUACAAGUUUCCCCCAACAAGGGGGCACGCUUGAUUCUCCUUUUCCAAGAGGGGGCCGGAAUUUGAAGCCAUCCCCCCUGAGGCCAACCGAAGUGUUUUCAAUCAUGGGGCGGAAUUUGGGUCAGAGGCUGUACACCCGUUCGCUUGUUAUUGAUCGUUGCUCAGUCGAUCAGCAAAACGUGGCAGAACAAGACACUGCAUGUACAUGUAACGGUACGUGUAACUGCGAGGAUGAUGCUAAAAAUAACGGAAUAGAGAGAGGUGUGUCAACUAAUGGCAGCUCUAGUAACAGUGUUAGUAAGAACUCACUUGGAAGAAAGAAGACAUUUACUAAAGCCUCUCCGCUAAGAACCAAGGCCUCAUCUCGGAAAACUCUCACUCACCCUCUCCCCUCUUCCCGCUCCACUAAACUCACUUUACUAAAGCACACACCCACCCCUUCACUAUCAACCACCAAGAGACACUUAUCUUACAAAUAAUAAUAAUUUAUUAAUGCAUGGACAAGAAAUUCUAUAUUUUAUUUUAAAGGCACUUUUAUCAACCAUGAGCUAUUAA